AUGGAUCCGGCCUCUUUUAUCGAUCCGAACCUGACCCGGUCCGAUCUGCUGGUUCUCCAGGAUCUGCUGGAUGACGCCGACCGUCAACCGGGGAAAGGUGGGUCGACAGAGUCGCAACAAGGGUCGGGCGAAGAUGCAAGCACUGUGCGACGUAGGACCGCGCCCCCUGGGGAUCCCCAGGAAUCCGAGGUUCCCCAGGACGCCUCGAAUGACAGUGCGGCCACCCUGGACCAGCUGCGGGCGCUCAAUGACCCCCAGCACUCGGACUUCGUGCCCACCGUGUUCGUCACCUGGGACCUGCCCGAUCUCAAGCGGUCGCUGCCCGCCUGGCUGCAGCGAUGGGUGCUCCAGCCCUACGUCCGGGCCGCACGGCGACUCGUCCGCGUGGAAACGGACGUGGUGAUGCUGACCCAUCUGCUGCUCUACUUCACCACCUCCGUGCCCAGCGCCCUCUGGCUGUUUCGCCACUUUAGCUGGAUUCACGGGGUCCUGCACUGGAUCAUGCAGUCCUACUAUGUCGGCACCUACACGCUCAUGAUGCACCAGCACAUCCAUAUGGGCGGCAUCCUGCGGCGAUCGCCCGCCCUAACCUGGUUCGACAAGCUGUUCCCCUACCUCACCGACCCCUUGAUGGGCCAUACGUGGAAUACCUACUACUACCACCACGUCAAGCAUCAUCACGUCGAGGGCAACGGGCCCGACGAUCUGUCGUCCACCAUCCGAUACCAGCGCGACGAGCUGGUCGACUUCCUCUGCUACGUCGGUCGCUUCUACUUUUUCAUCUGGCUGGAGCUGCCGCUGUACUUUCUCCGCAAGGGUAAGAUCAACAUGGCCGUCAAGGCCGCCCUCUGCGAGUGCCUCAACUAUGCCGCCAUCUACCUGCUCUGGACCUACGUCGCCUGGAAACCCACCUUGUUUGUCUUUCUUCUGCCCCUGCUGCAGCUGCGCGUCGGCCUCAUGGUGGGCAACUGGGGGCAACAUGCCUUUGUGGACGAGGUUGACCCCAACUCCGACUUUCGAUCCAGCAUUACCUUGAUCGACGUGGCCGUGAGUGACCCCCAACUGUUACCCCCUUCGUACAUGUCAAGCUUAUCCCCCCCCCCCCCGCAGAGUAACCGAUUCUGUUACAACGACGGAUAUCACACCUCUCAUCAUCUCAAUCCGCGCCGACACUGGCGCGAGCACCCCAACGCUUUUCUGCAACAGAAGGACCGCUACUCAGCUGAGCAUGCCUUGGUCUUUCGCAACAUUGAUUACAUCAUGAUCACCAUUCGGCUGCUGCGCAAGGACUAUCGGCACCUGGCCAAAUGCCUAGUUCCCAUGGGAGACCAGGUGGGCAUGAGUCUGGAUGAACUCGCCGCAAUGCUUCGGACCAAGACCCGGCGGUUCAGCGAAACUGAGAUCAGAGAGAAGUUCCCACCCGGCCACUAG